GCUUCCGUUUCCCCCGCCGCCAUCUUCGGCACGGGCACCUCAGCCGCCGCCGACACCCCGUGCCUCUCACCGCCGGGCAGAAGGAGGAGGCGGCCGCGCUGCGAGCCGCGCUCGGGCAGCGGGAAGUGUGUUUAUCCGCCGAGGAGGGACGUUUCUGCCGCUGUCCUCCCGAGGUACCGGCGCAGUUCGGGCAGGCGGUGAGGGGACGCCGUGACGGGGGAGCUGCGGCGGCGGUGCCCUCACCUAAGAUGGCGGCGGGGGCGGGCUUUUCCCGCCGAGAAGAUGGCGGCGGAGGGAGCGGCGCUCUGGCCGGGUGGCGGAACUCGCUCGGCUGGGUGAGGGGAGCGGGAUGGGACCGUCCCCCCAAAGAUCUGCCCCUUCACAGGGACUCCCUACCCCGCCACGGAGAGCUCGGUCCAGCCCUGCUGCAUCACAAAGAACCACCCCCCAGCCUUCCUCCCUCAGCUCACCCGCACCUUCUCCAGCCAAGGGAGCCCCUCUCCGCCUUGCUACCCCCUCCUUAUUUUGGGGUCAUCGCUCCCCUGUUGCAUGAGGGGCCACGGGGUGGGCGUGGGGUUACCCGCUGCCUGUCUGGCCCUCUACUCCCCAAGGCAGCUGCUGCUCCAUUUUAUUUUAAUAACCAUAAUUUCCACCCUCCCUUUCAUAAUUUGCCGCAGGAAUAGACCGGCGAGUCCAUAGGUAGCGGAAGGGUCCCCACCCUCCUUUUCCCCCUCCUCCUCCCCACCCCUUAAGGGGCGGUGAUCGCGGCGGAGAGGAAAGAAAAGGAUGCCACGGAAGCUGUUGUUGCCUUAUAAAUCUGUUUUUUCUCACUUUCGAGCUCCACGGGAGUUGCAUGACUCUUUGGCGAUGAACGCGGCCAGAAGUGGCUACCGGGUCUUCUCGGCCAACUCCACCGCAGCCUCCACCGAGCUGGCGAAGAAGAUCACGGAGCGUCUCGGUGCUGAGCUGGGGAAAUCUGUGGUGUACCAGGAAACCAAUGGAGAAACAAGAGUUGAAAUAAAAGAGUCUGUCCGUGGACAGGAUAUCUUCAUCAUACAGACCAUCCCCAGAGAUGUGAAUACUGCUGUCAUGGAACUGCUGAUCAUGGCCUAUGCACUGAAGACUUCCUGUGCCAGGAACAUCAUUGGGGUCAUCCCCUACUUCCCCUACAGCAAGCAGAGCAAAAUGAGGAAGAGGGGCUCCAUAGUCUGCAAGCUGCUGGCUUCAAUGCUUGCUAAGGCAGGUUUAACACACAUUAUCACUAUGGACCUUCAUCAAAAGGAAAUCCAAGGCUUCUUCAGCUUUCCAGUAGACAACCUGAGAGCAUCCCCUUUCUUGCUUCAGUAUAUACAAGAAGAAAUUCCAGACUACAGAAAUGCAGUUAUUGUAGCCAAAUCUCCUGGUGCUGCUAAAAGGGCUCAGUCCUAUGCCGAGAGGCUGCGCCUGGGGCUGGCAGUGAUCCACGGGGAGGCUCAGUGCACCGAGCAGGACAUGGAUGACGGCCGGCACUCCCCUCCCAUGCUCAAAAAUGCAACUGUGCAUCCUGGCCUGGAGCUGCCAUUGAUGAUGGCCAAGGAGAAGCCGCCAAUCACUGUGGUGGGAGACGUUGGAGGAAGAAUUGCCAUCAUUGUGGAUGACAUCAUUGAUGACGUGGAAAGCUUUGUAGCUGCUGCAGAGAUCCUGAAAGAGCGUGGAGCCUACAAGAUUUUUGUGAUGGCUACUCAUGGGCUCCUGUCAGCAGAUGCUCCCCGUCUGAUAGAGGAAUCCUCCAUUGAUGAGGUGGUAGUGACCAACACUGUUCCCCACGAGGUGCAGAAGCUGCAGUGCCCCAAGAUAAAGACUGUGGAUAUCAGUUUGAUCCUGUCAGAAGCCAUCCGGCGAAUCCACAACGGCGAGUCCAUGGCCUAUCUCUUCCGCAACAUCACUGUCGAUGACUAGAGCCGAGCCUGCCCCCGGCCUGGAUUCCACAAGAGAAGGAAAUCUGCAUGGAAAGGCAAUACCAUAAAACAUAGGCAUAACACAACUGUUUAUUUUUGUAGGAGUGUUGAAGUUUUCAGGGUCUUGAGACAUGAGAUCUAAUAGAAAAAAAAUCAACCUGACCAGCACUUUACAAGUGAAUAGAAGGGGCCACUGGCAGUGGGGGGGGAUUACACCUUGAUUAAGAGAGAUGGAGAAAUGAGGUGGUGAAUUUUUAAGUUCCUUUAAUGAUUUUUUUUUUUUUUUUAGUGUGUUAUCUCUCGCCCUGUAGGGGUGGAAAGAAAAGCUAAACAGAAGUAGCUGUCAGCUUGUGAGAAGGGAACAGAGACUGCUCAUUGCUGUGUGGGCAGCAAGAGCUGCCUUUGGGGUUUUUCUGCCUGUGUCUCACCCCAGAGCACGGAAGGGAACGUUCAGGCUGUGCUGCUGGCAGAGCUGAGCCAACAGCAGCUCUGUGCCAGCUCAGUGGCCUCUCCCCUCCUGCACAGCGGAGCAGGGACUUUCAUCAAAACUAAGUUAGCGGAACAUCCCGAAAGGACAGCUUAGGGCAACCCAUUGGUGGGGCUGCUGCCAUGCAUGGGUCAGGGAGCUGGGAACAGGCUCACUGUGUGUCCCAGCUGAGCAGGGAAUGCUAGUUAAUGUGUUGGCCUUUUCAUUUUGCCAGCUUUGGAUCAUUACUGCUCUUCAGUGGUGAGUCACAUGAGGGUCUUGGUCCUCACUGGAACACUUGUCUGCACUGCAAAGCCAGGCGUGGUUUUUGGAGUUGCCUGGGGCUGAGUUUGUGGCAGAGUCUUGUGGGGAAGGGAAGUUGGAAUGUCUGCUUCUAAUGCAGCUGUGCUCUCCAAAACACUAACACUGAACCUGCAAUAAAAAGUGUAAGAUUUUUCA